AUGCCUUCCUUACGUCUCGGGAGUAUCGCGCCUGAUUUCGAGGCUCAAACCACCAAGGGACCCAUCAAGUUCCAUGACUGGAUCGGCGACUCUUGGGCGAUCUUGUUCUCUCAUCCCGCUGACUUCACUCCCGUCUGCACUACGGAGCUGGCAGAGGUUGCCCGGAGGGCGCCCGAUUUUGAGAAGCGGAACGUCAAGGUCAUUGGGUUGUCCGCCAACGCCUUGAACGACCACGACAAAUGGGUCGAAGACAUCAACGACUAUGGGGCCAAGUUCGCGCCCACUAACGUCCAGUUCCCGAUCAUUGCGGACCCUGACAGAAAGAUCUCCGAGCUCUACGACAUGUUGGACGCCCAGGAUCCUACUAACGUGGACGCUAAGGGUAUCCCCUUCACGAUCCGCACGGUCUUCGUCAUCGACCCUAAGAAGAUCAUCCGUCUUACUCUGUCCUACCCCGCUUCGACCGGCCGCAACUUUGAUGAGAUCCUCCGGGUCAUUGAUUCUCUUCAGAUUGGAGACAAGUACAGGGUCACAACGCCGGUGAACUGGAAGAAGGGUGAUGAUGUUAUCGUCCACCCCUCUGUCUCGAACGAGGAGGCGAAGACCCUCUUCCCCGAGUUUACCAUCCACAAGCCUUACCUAAGGACUACGCCUCUGAAGGUGGACGGGAAGCUGGUUCAGAUAGAGCACGCAUUGGCGGCGGUCGCAGGUGGUACUACUAGUCUGGGCAUUAAAGCAUCGAACGGCAUCGUGAUUGCCACGGAAAAGAAGACUUCAUCUAUCCUUAUCGAUGACUCUAUGCUGGACAAAGUCUGUGUAAUAUGCCCAAAUAUCGGGAUCGUGUACUCUGGUAUGGGUCCGGACUUCCGUGUCCUGGUGGCGAAAGCCCGGAAAAGCGCGCAAGCAUACUGGAAGUUAUACGGCGAAUAUCCUCCGACACGGGUCUUAACUCAAGAGAUUGCCACAGUCAUGCAGCAGGCAACGCAUUCGGGAGGGGUGCGUCCGUACGGCGUGUCUUUACUAGUUGCAGGAUGGGAUAUCAACCGUGGCCCGAGUUUGUAUCAAGUUGAUCCUUCCGGCUCAUAUUGGGCAUGGAAGGCAUCAGCCAUAGGCAAGAACAUGGUCAAUGCCAAAACUUUUCUGGAGAAACGGUAUAACGAUGACAUCAGCCUCGAAGAUGCCAUCCAUACGGCUCUUCUCACUCUGAAGGAGGGAUUUGAGGGGCAAAUGACCGAAAAGACAAUCGAGAUUGGUGUGGUGACCGUGCCUACACCUGAGGAGAUCGAUGCGGAACGGAUGGCCGGGCCUAACGAUAGGCCGAAGCCGACGUUCAGGAAGUUAUCGGAGGAGGAGGUCCGUGAUUAUCUGGCUCUAUAG